UCUCUCUCUCUCUCUCAGCUCGAAACCUCGCAACAUUCCUCCAGAUCAGUAAUAAUACACUGUGUAGAAUUAUAGAAUUCAUUUCAUUUUUAGUUCAUUUUGAAUUAAUUUUAGUUCUUUCUCACUUAUAAAGUUGUAUGUAACAGGUUUAUUUGGAGGUGUUCCUGCCCUUGACUGUUGAGUUUAUUAAUAAUUUAAUGGACAGAGGGUUUGUGUAAAUAUCUCCUGAGCUGGUUCUCGUUCUGCUGCAAACUCUCUCAGAUCUGAACACCUUUAAUCCCACUCUCAGAUUAUUUUACCUGAACAUCUCACUGAUGUUUCCUCCCUCAGUGUUGUGGAUUAAUUCUCAUCAUGUCAGCACAGUGACUUCCUGUAAGCCGACUCUCUGGUGUAGAAAUCAGACAUCAGUGUUUGUAACCUGAUGGUGGACAAUCAGCAGUUCAUGAUGGAGAACCGCAAGCGUAUCCUGGCUGUGGAGAACUCCUUCUCACCGGGGGGGAAGCCUCUCCUUGCUCCGGGUCGGGUCCUGAUCGGAGAAGGUCGCCUGCUGAAGCUGUGCAGACGCAAACCGCAGCCCAAAGCCUUCUACCUGUUUAACGACAUCCUGGUGUACGGCAGCAUCGUGGUCCGGGGCCGCUGGAACAGCAACCAGCACAUCCUGCACCUGGAGGAGCUAGAGCAGGAGAACCUGGAGGACGGAGUGGGGAUGAGUAACCAGUGGGUCCUCCGGACGCCGCACAAGUCCUUCCACAUCUCCGCCGAGUCGCUGGAGGAGAAGCGGGCGUGGAUGGAGCACAUCGAGAGUUGCAGGGUGGAGCGGCUGAAGCGGCUGGGUUUGCCCGCCGUGACGAAGCCCUUCGCCGCCAUCUGGAUCCCCGACACCGCCUCGGCCGUGUGCAUGCGCUGCGCCGGACCCUUCAACGUCACGCAGCGCAGACACCACUGCAGACACUGCGGCUUUGUGGUGUGUAACUCCUGCUCAAAGAGUCGCGCCAUCCUCAAACACAUCUCAUCCAAACCGGUCCGGGUGUGUCGCCCCUGUAAGGUCUCUCUCCACCAGCAUGACAUCAGCAAUGGAGCGUUCAGGAAGAAGGACUCGAUAGAGGAGAUGCCCGAAUACGAAGAGUCCAGUGAAGAGGACCAAGAGGAGAACCACAUACACAACACAUGGAUCAACACUUACCAAGAACCCGAGCCCAUGUACUGCUACUUCAGCCCCAAACACUCCAAACCUCCACAGCUGGAGCGUGUACUUCCACAGAACCAUCAAACAUGGUGAAAAAGACAAUUUGAACAGCUGUGGUUCUCCACUAAAUAUGAGAACACACACACACAGACUACAUCUUCAUCAUUUCCUCCUAACACUAUUUCCAUCUCACUUCAUCACGACGUCUCUUCAUCUUCAUCCACACCACAGAUGAUGUUGAUUCUGAAAGGAGCCGGUUCCACUGGAUCAGGAGGAGUAUGACGUGCUCGUAGGGGAAAAAGGUCCUUAAUUAGCAUUAGCAUAAAGUAGAAGAAUUAUUUAGCACUACAGUCUCGAGGACAGAGUGGAGACGCUAGUCGUGCUCAGGGACACUACUGCUGUGACGAGUCGCCCUCUAGUGGACGUAAGAGGCGUGACACUGUUUAUAAACAUCUGUAUGUAUGUAUUUACUGUAUGUAAUUAUAACGUUAAAUUAUAAUUCAAGCACUAAUAAAUAUUAUUA